UACAUAAUGUUACUGAUAAAAAACAGAUAAAAAAAUAUGUAUGCCAAACGUUCUUAAAAAUUAGACGUUAUCGCAGCCAGUUCCGUUCGUACGGCGCUCGAAUCGGUGCUAGUAAUAUCCGGCCACGUUAAAAUAGCUUGAUAGUGUACGAACAAUUAAAAUCAAAAGAAGAAGGAAAAAAUGGACUACUGGUCGAUCUGCUUGCUGUUAGUUUCGCUAUUCGGUACGAUAUUAAGGACUGGUGGCGUCGAGCUAACCUUCGAACUCCCCGAUAAUGAAAAACAGUGUUUCUUCGAAGAAAUCGAGAAAAAUACGACGGCAGUGCUCGAAUUCCAGGUCGUGACAGGUGGACAGUAUGAUGUAGAUGUAACUUUAGAAGCUCCAAAUAAAGAAAUCAUCUACCAACAAUAUAAAGUACAGUUUGAUUCACAUCAGUUUACAACUGCUAUGACAGGAGCGUAUAAGGCCUGUUUCAGUAACGAGUUUUCAACAUUUUCACAUAAACUUGUUUAUAUGGAAUUCCGUGUGGGUGAUCAAGUACCACUCUUUGGAGAACAUGCGACUGCUUUGACUCAGAUGGAGUCAUCGGCAACAGAAGUACACAAAAAUUUAAACAGCAUUUUAGAUUACCAAACACAUUAUCGAUUAAGAGAAUCACAGGGACGUAAACGAGCAGAAGAUCUGAAUGAUCACGUGCUUAAAUGGUCCAUUUUCGAAACAGUCGUAAUUUUAAUCAUAUGUGUGUCUCAGGUGUUCGUUUUGAAGACUUUCUUCGCAGAGAAGAAGCGCUAACACAUCCACUAGUGUAUUUGAGAAUGAGUGUUUUCUUUGCUCACAAUAAAAUAACUUCUCCGUCUGAAUGGCGCGAAAUUGCGUCAUAAAUAAUGUACCACAAGUUCUAUUGACACUGUGCCAUGUUCACACUGGCCAGUUGGUUCUAACGUCUACAUAUUUUUUUAGACGUUGCAGUACAACUGUAUAUCCAGCAGACGGAACAUUCUAGUAAAAUAAACUCUGUUUCCUCAUGUAUGAAAAUGUUGUAUAUGCGCGUUCAUGUGUGUAUCAUUUUAAUAUUAAGUUAUAGAGAGGAUAGAGUGUUUGAGUAUGGUACCUGCUCUAUUAAGAGUUAUAACAGGGAACAUAAGAGCAAUUUGACUGUUAUAUCUCUUAUGCUAAAUUCUUAAGUUGUAAUUAUAUAUUGGUACAGGUAGUGUACAGACAUUGCCAAGGAAAACACAUUUUUUCUUACUGUAAAACUGUAAUAUAAUAAAUUAAAAUAUUUGCGCGAGUAAUUGUGUUUGCUUAUAUGAUCGUUUAUUUCUCUUGUUUUUAACCAUUAUAAAACAGGAAACGUACGUAC